AUGAGCAGCGACGCUCCCGCCGCGAGCGAGGGUGCUGGCAUUGCAGACCCGAAGUCAGAUCCUCAAUACAUCCAGUUCAGAUGCUUGCCCCCUGGAGGUCCACUGAACAGAUGGUCUCACAUGAUCACAAGAGAACAUGACUUCCCAGGUGCCCAGGCGAUGCUUUACGGCGCAGGUGUACCAGACAAGGAUACGAUGAAGAAUGCGCCGCACGUCGUGCUCGAGUUUGGUAAGAUCGUAAAGAAGGCUGUUGAGAAGCAGAAGAUGCUUGCUUGGCAGUAUAAUGCCGUGGGUGUCUCAGAUGCAAUAACGAUGGGAGGAGAAGGGAUGCGUUAUUCUCUGCAAUCACGCGACCUCAUCGCAGACAGCAUCGAGACGGUGACCAAUGCUCAGCAUCACGACGCGAACAUUUCAAUCCCUGGUUGCGACAAGAACAUGCCCGGAGUCAUCAUGGCAGCUGCUCGCCAUAAUCGCCCCUUUAUCAUGAUCUACGGCGGUACGAUCCGCAAAGGAUACUCGAGUCUAGUAGAGCGUGACAUCAAUGUCAGCACAUGCUACGAGGCAUCAGGCGCUUUCACCUAUGGCCGAUUGCAUGCGAAAACGAAUCCGGGAAGCGAAGGUCGGACUCCAAGUGACGUGAUGUCUGACAUCGAGCGUCAUGCCUGUCCUGGGGCGGGCGCAUGUGGAGGCAUGUAUACUGCCAAUACUAUGGCAACAGCCAUAGAAGCAAUGGGGCUUUCUCUUCCCGGAUCAUCCUCCUACCCGGCUUUGUCGCCUGAGAAAGCACGCGAGUGCGAACGCGCAGCUGAAGUCAUCAAAAUAACCAUGGAGAAGGACAUACGCCCAAGGGAUCUGCUCACCCGAGAAUCCUUCGAGAAUGCGCUGGUAGUGACCAUGAUACUGGGAGGCUCGACCAAUGGUGUAUUGCACUUCCUAGCGAUGGCAAAUACGGCCGAAGUGCCACUGAGUUUGGACGACGUUGAUCGAGUCAGCAGCAAGACCCCUUUUCUGGCAGAUCUGGCGCCCAGUGGAAAAUACAUGAUGGAAGAUCUGUACAAGAUCGGAGGCACUCCGUCAGUUCUCAAGAUGCUCAUUGGAGCUGGACUGAUCAACGGCAACAUCCCGACUGUCACGGGGCGUACUCUCGCGGAGAAUGUUACCGACUGGCCAAACUUGCCACAAGACCAGAACAUCAUCCGCCCGCUGUCGGAUCCCAUCAAGGAGACAGGCCACAUCCGGAUUUUGCGUGGGAAUUUUGCUCCUGAAGGAGCCAUAGCCAAGAUUACUGGCAAGGAAGGCUUGAGCUUCACCGGCAAGGCUCGAGUGUUUGAAAAGGAGCACGAGCUCAACACGGCUUUAUCUAGAGGCCAAAUCCCCCGCGAUGAGAACUUGGUCCUGAUAGUCCGUUAUGAAGGACCAAAGGGAGGGCCGGGAAUGCCGGAACAACUGAGAGCCUCGGCUGCUAUCAUGGGCGCGGGACUGAAGAAUAUCGCGCUGGUGACGGACGGCAGAUACAGCGGCGCCAGUCACGGCUUCAUCGUCGGCCACGUUACGCCCGAAGCAGCAGUCGGGGGUCCCAUUGCCUUAGUUCGAGACGGGGACACGAUUGUCAUUGAUGCCGUGAGGAAUCGAAUCGACAUGUCUAACGUGUCGGAUCAAGAGAUGGAAGAGCGGAAGAGGAAGUGGAAGCCGCCUGUGGCCCAGGUGCGAAGGGGCGCCCUGGCUAAGUAUGCCAGGCUGGUCGGCGACGCCAGCCAUGGAGCAGUGACGGACCAAUGGACUACAGACGACUGA